CCGGUUAAGAGAUCACCGGGGUCCUUAUAGUGCGGAUUAAAAAGAUAGCUAGGUGGCUGUGUUUGUAAUAAAAACACAUUUAUUUCUUUUCUUCAGACAACUAUAGUUACUGAUAAAUAUGUCUGGCAGAGAAGGUGGCAAAAAGAAACCACUGAAGGCACCCAAGAAACAGGCCAAGGAAAUGGACGAAGAUGAAGCGGCUUUCAAGCAGAAGCAAAAGGAAGAGCAGAAAGCCAUGGAGGCACUGAAGUCCAAAGCUUCUGGAAAAGGACCUCUGGUUGGUGGUGGCAUUAAGAAAUCGGGCAAGAAGUAAAAGCUGACUGACAUCCGUUUGCUCCCCAGCCUCUCUCUUUCUGUGUCUGCAAUGUUUGUAUGCUUGCUGAAAUAUUACUCUGUUGAACACAAACCUGGUUCCGCCCUGUUGGAGAACUCUUCAGUGGUGAACAGGUACAGAACAUGAGUUUAAGUAGUUUUUGAGAAUUUCAGGAGCAGGAAUAUCUGUUACCAGUCACAUCUGGUACACACAUCCCAACUCAUGUAGUUAGUUUUCACACUGUGAAAUUUGUUGAACUCUUCACUCAAUUACACACACUGACCACUUCUUCAGAACCGGUUUAGAAAUGAAAGUCUGCACCUUUAGACUUGCUAAGCAUUGAAGAGUCCUAAUCCCAACUGUAUUUCGCUUUGUGUCCAUGUGAAACCUUCUCAGAUACACAAACUGCCCCCAAGUUGUUUUUUUUUUCUUGAGAUUUUUGUUCUACUGUAUAAUGGGAGAUUCCAAUAAAGUUUUUGUAAGUA